AUGGCCCCGGUCAAUGGUAGCUCAAGAAAGAGGAGGCGAAUUCCUCCUUCAUGUUUGAGUUGUAGAAAAAGAAAGACAAAAUGCGACAGACAGAGGCCUUUCUGUGGUCGAUGCGCUACAGAUGGGAUUAAAAGUGACUGCGUUUAUGAAGCGACCUCUGAAGUUCUUAAAAAAAGCGAAGGACAAAGAUUGAAAAUUGAUUCGUUGAAAUCGAAAAUCAAGUUAUUGGAGGAAACUAUUGAACUUAAAAAUUCAAUCAUUGAAUCAUAUUCAGAUGGUAAUGGGCCCGCGGCCAAAAUAAGAGGUACAUUGGGCCAUUUGAUAAACCCGAAGGAUCCACCAACUUUUAAUCUGAACUUACCCAUUUUGGCUAAAGAGAAUCAAGAUUUCGAUGGGUUUGUUAUGAUAAACUCAUUUUUAGUGUACCAAGGACCAACCUCAUUUAUUGCAAACUUUCAGAGAGAUGAAAAUACCAAAGCUGUGUUUGAUGAGCUCAACAAGCAUCUUCAUGAGAAUACCAUGCCAGACAAAGCAGUUUUCAAGUUAUCUGCAUGCGAUGUAAGGGAGUCACCAAUGCUGGAUAGAACUGCACAAUUGGCAGCUGAAAUCGGUAAACUUCCUGCGUUGAAACAUGUCGAAUUAUUAAUAGAGCAUUUUUUUAAUACUUGUUAUCCUUUAGUCCUGUUUAUUGACAAAGAAUCUAUGGUUCCAAAAUUAUAUCUGCUAAUUCAAGACAAAGGUGAUUAUUGUAUUAUAAGUCAUAGUAAGAGGAAACAGAGAGUUGAGAUUGCAAUUUUGCUUAUCAUUUUACGAUUUGGAUUCAUCUCUUUACCUUCUAAAGGAAGAGUUUCCAAUUUGAAAAUUUCAACAUAUUAUAUUGAAUGUGCUAGUAGGUUACUUAUAUCUCUUGUGACAUUAAAAAUAGUAACGUUUACGACAGUACAGGGGUUUCUACUUUUGCUUGUCUAUAGAAUGCACUGCCCUGAAGAUGAUGAUUCACUUCAUGAUGUGGCAAUGUUGCAAUCUAUGAUAAUUCAAUCUGCAAGGGAGAUAGGAUUAGAUAGAAACCCUAAAUCGUAUCCUAGUCAAUUUUUAGAUAGCAAAACUAUGUAUUUUUGGAGAAAUGCUUGGAUCCACAUAUGUUAUUUUAACACAAGUCGAACUUUUGAACAGGGCCAAUGCCCGUCGACGAAUAUCUCAGCGUCCGAUACGUCAUUCAUUUUACUGAAUAAUCUCAAAUUUCAACAAUCGCCUGGAGUAUUUCGAAACCUCGAAUAUAUGGAAUCAGUAUCUCAAUCUGUGGGAGAUGUAAUGUUAAAUUUGGUCGAUAAAAGAAUUGUUGAUGAAAGAAGUAUCUGUCAAUUAUUAAAAUACUUGAAUAGUAUACUUGAAAAUGAUACAAGAACUUUUCGACAGCUACGUACUCAAGAUAAGUACAUAUUGGUGGAAGGGGGGCUUAGUGAAAGAGUAAGAGAAUUCAUACUAAGAUUGGACUUAUCUUUCAAGAGCUAUUCGUUAUAUUAUUUUUUAUACUUGAAUUUAAGUGAUGAUAAUGAAUUCCAAACAAAGGAGAAAAACCAGUAUCUAGCGCUAGCGAUUGAAAAAGCUUUGAUUCUCUUGAAGGUGAAUCAUGAAUUUUCAAAGGAUCCUAGCGCAAUGUUUGGUACAGAAUAUGAGAAUAUAAUAGCUUCUAGAAUAUGGAGAAACCUGAAGAUGGUUCUCUCUUGCGUAAUAUCUUUAAUUGUACGUAUUCAUGAAGGGAAGUGUUCUUUGAGUGAUGCAUUUGGAUAUUUUGAUAGUCCUGAUUCCUCAGGCUUGAUCAGGUGGGCUGGAAUUCGAUAUGAUGAUGAGAAGCAAACAAUGUUGAAUAUUGCACAUGUUUUGGAAGAACUUUAUACAAACGGGAUGAGUUCGUGUACGAAAUUCUAUUCCUGUUUUAAGUCUUGUCUAUUUAUAUGGUAUGGGGUGCAUUACCUUCAAGUUAAAUUUCCUGAAAUUUUUGCACCUGUGGCGGCUCAUAAUUGGUCACUAGAAAAUUAUUUUGCAGAUUUAUGUCCCUUGGAUGAAGUGGGCGAGUUUUGGGAUGAUCAACAUGGAUUGAACAGUGCCCCAGAUGUUGAUCUUUUCUUUUCUAAAUUAGGGAUAGAUUUUGAUGACCUUUCAAAAAAUAUGGACAACGGUUAG